AUGACUUCCGUUGCCGGAGUGGUGAUGAAUGUUCUUACUCCAUAUAUGGUGAAUGCCAACAAGUGGAACUGGGGGUUCAAGACUGGCUGGUUCUAUGCUGGCGUUGGCCUUCCUUUCCUGAUUGGCACAUGGCUCCUUCUUCCCGAGACCAAGGGGGUGACUUUGACGUUACAAGCUGCUGAUUAA